AAGUCCAGUGGGAACAACAGACUGCAUCACAGUCCUGGAGCUCAAGAGGACCGCUCCUGACCAUUCUCCAAUCCUCGCCCAGCUUUGGUGUACCUUCCCUGGGGACUGAUCUGGAUUCCACACCACAGUCAUGGAUCUUUUCCACAGCUGGGGGGUGGAAGUGGCCAUCCAUCUGCAGACCCAGUAUGGGCAUUAUGAGGGCUGGUUUAGCCUAGCCUCUACAGUGGCUGACCUGCAUACCACCUUCUUUUGUUUCUUCCCAGUCUGGUUCCAUCUGCGCAGGGACGUGGGUGUAAAGCUCAUCUGGGUGGCUGUCAUCGGGGACUGGCUCAACCUGGUCAUGAAGUGGGUUCUAUUUGGAGAGAGACCCUAUUGGUGGGUCCAUGAUACCCGCUUCUAUGGGACAGAUCCAGCCCCUGCCUUAAAACAAUUCCCCAUCACCUGUGAAACUGGACCAGGAAGCCCUUCGGGUCAUGCCAUGGGCUCGUCUGGGGUGUGGUACGUGAUGAUAACAGCUGGGGUAGGAUCUAUUGUUGUUUUGGAGCAGGGCCUUAGUGUCUUCCCCAGGUUCUUGCAGGUGGGGCUUUGGAUGCUGCUGUGUACAGUAGAGCUGCUGGUGUGCAUGUCCAGAGUCUACAUGGCUGCCCACUUCCCGCACCAGGUCAUCAGUGGGGUCAUCACAGGUAUCAUGGUGGCUGAGGCCUUCUCCAGAGUGCAGUGGAUCUAUGGAGCCAGUCUGAAGAAGUACUUCUACACCACCCUCUUUCUGCUCUCCUUUGCUGUGGGCUUCUACGAGCUGCUGAAAGCUAUAGGCGUGGACCUGCUGUGGACCCUGGAGAAAGCCCAGAAGUGGUGUGUGAGAGCCGAGUGGGUCUACAUGGACUCCACCCCCUUUGCCAGCCUCCUGCGCAAUAUGGGCACCCUGUUUGGCCUGGGCCUGGGCCUGCACUCACCCCUCUACACCGAGAACAAGAACAGCAGCAUCCCCUUCAGGGUGGGAUGUAUCACUGUCUCUUUAUUGUUGCUACAGAUUUUGGAUGGCUUGACGUUCUCCUCGAGAGACCAGGCAAUGUUCUAUAUGUUGUCCUUUAGUAAGAGUGCUGCUGCUCUCUUCAUUCCCACAGCUCUGGUUCCCGGAGGACUCUCCUGGAUCUUCCCAGGUAGUGGGGCGGCUAAGCUGAAAUUUUCAUAACAAUCGUUCACUUUAUGAUAAAAGCACCAAAUUUUGCAGAGGUAGAUUUAUGUACCCUGAAAUUAUUUACAUAUCAGGCCAUGGCAGCCAUCUUACAAAAUGGCCACUGAAAGUAACACAACAUUGUACAAUUCAGAAGUAGUGUUUUGAUAUAACUGCACCAAAUGUGUUACAGAGGUAGAUGUAUGUACCCUGAAAAUAUUUACAGUAUAUAUGGAGCCCCCACAUAUUUGGCCCCUGGGGCCACUGCAGACAUUUUACAAAAUGCCAACAUAUUGUAACACUGUUUGACAAUUCGGAAUGACGUUUUGAGAUAACAGCACCUAUGCUACAUAGGAACAUUGAUGUACCCCGAAAGGAUUAAGAAAUGGAAACCCCACAGAUUUGGCACCUAGGGGCCUCUACGGGGCCAUGUCAGUCAUUUUACAAAAUCGCAACAUAUUGUACAUUUGUUUUACAAUGCAGAAGGACUGUUUUGAGAUAACAGCACCACAUUUAGUACAGAGGUAGAUAGUACAGAUAGUACAGUACAGUGCUUUCAGACAGUAUUCAUGCACCUUGAUUUCUUCCACAUAUUGUUGUGUUACAGCCUAAAUUGAAAAUGGAUUACAUGUAUUUAUUUUUAUCUCACACAAUACCCCAUAAUGACAAAGUGAAAACAUAUUUUUUGGAAAUUUUUGCCAAUGUAUAUUUAGGCUUGCCAUAACAAAGGUGUUGAACUCAAGACCAUAUGGUAUUGUGUGUAGGCUAGUGACCAAAAAUCUCCAUUUAAUCCAUUUUAAAUUCAGUCUUUGACAAAAUGUUUUGGGAAAAAUGUCAAGGGGUGUGAGUACUUCCCCGAAGGCACUGCAUGUCAGGGAUGUGCAACUAUGAUGAGGGUCUGGAGUCAUUAUGAGGGGCUGCAGUGGCUCGUGGGUCUGCGUACCCACACAUCCACACUGUGGCGGAGAGAAGAUUUUGCAGUUGUAGAGCGCAUUUCAAACAAUUCUAAACAUUUUGCCAUAGGGAGGAAAAUGUUUGCAGUUUUUAAAUAUGAUGACUUAUGAUCAAUGGGCCUCACCCUGGUCGGUAAUUGCUUACUACAAGUUCAGAAAGCUAGACUAAUUUACCAAUGACAUGAGCUAAUUAAAAAACUGCUGAUGCACAACUAAAUUCCAAAAUUGAACCUUCUAUUGUAUUAUUCUAACUCUUAGUUGAGACCCUGACCGAGUCCCCCCCCCCACCCUGAUUUUAAAUUGGUCCACGGGCCAUAUGCAUCCCGCGGGCCACCAGUUGCCUAUUCCUGUAGAUGCUGCAGUGUAGCCUCUGAUGGAAUCCUGUACAUUCAAGACUUAUAGAUGGAUAUGGUUAUGCACAGGUGGUGAAUAUGAUCAUGCAUCUAAAAAGUUUGUAAUAUGGCAGGUAACCUGGUUGAUUUGAAGAAGUUAAAGUGUUUGACAAUUUUUGUGUUUUGUAUUUACUAGAUAUUGUGAACAAGUUUGCAGAGAUGAAUUAGUGAGUCAAAUCAGACAAGAGGUGUCCAUACUUUUGAGUUUGAUUGUUCUUCCGAGAAAGAUUCGGUCCAGCUUUUCUUCUCUGUGUCUUGUUUUUCCAAAAUGCCAAUGCUGAUUCAUUUUCACCAGAGCCAGGCAUUAAACAUGAACUACUAGGCCA